AUCCUCGACCCCUCAUUGCUCUGAAUAUUUCCCUAUUGGAACUACUGUACAUGCAUGUGUUAUUACCGUUACUUUGAACCACCCGCUCCUAGUUCCUUACUAUACAUAGUCACGUCCUCGUGCAUCUACCUUAUACUGCCUACAUAUGCCUACGCCCUCGUGGGAAAUAAAUGGAUUCAAGAUGUACUUACUCGCCAUUUGACACGCACACAGCCAUCGCAUUAUCGGAACUCACCAAGGCACAUCGACUGCACGCAGCACACGUAUGCAUGCUGUCCCGAGAGACCCAGUGAGAGUGGGUCCCAGGUGCAGUCUAGUGGGAAAGGGCUUGCAUGGCAGCUGUGAGUCGCGGACUCACAGAUGAGGUGCUCGGCGCCCAGUUAGUCAAUGUCAGACAAAGUAGGGUACGUCCGAUUGGGACGUCGCAACGUGCAGGCGAAGACGAGGCAUGGCUGGGUGCACCGAAAGUGUACGCAGCCAUACCUUGUGUUCGCCACAGGACGGUCGGGCAUGUCGGACUGGUGACGC